AUGGCUUUGAUGCCAUACAAGCAAGCCAAACACCUGCAGAAGGAACAGAUGAUGAAGAAGAAUGGAGGGAAACCGGUUUACGAGAGAAACUUGUUUCACGGCACAGAUGAGUCUAUCAUAGAUGCCAUCUGUGAACAGAACUUUGACUGGAGGACCUGCGGUGUCAAUGGAACACCUUAUGGUCAAGGGAGCUACUUUGCUAGAGAUGCCUCAUUCUCCAACAACUACAUCAAGUCUCAGAGCAGGAGCCAGAAGAUCAUGUUUGUGGCUCUGGUCUUGGUUGGAGAGUUCACCAAGGGACAUGACAAUUACCGUCGUCCCCCUCAGAAAGGCACCAGCAUGGUCCUCUACGACAGCUGUGUCGACUCACAACACAACCCAUCCAUUUUUGUUGUGUUUGAGAAACAUCAGAUUUAUCCUGAAUUCCUAAUUGAGUACUCCUAAAAUCCACAGGGGUCCAUACCAAUGUCUUGCACUGAAGACAACAGAUAUUUUGUGACUUGCUAACAUUCUCACAUGCUCUACCUACUGUAUUUCUGUGAUUUAUUGAAUUGGGGCUAGUGAUUUAUUGAAUUGGGUUUAGGUUUAGGGCUAUCUUUUUUGUUAGUAUUUUGGGCUCGUUUUAAUCCACAUUCACCGAAGUUCAGCGCUAUAGCACGAUUUGAAAUUUAAAGGCAAUGUUCCCGCGCUCACUGAGACUGCAUUCACGGUAAAUGCUGCAUAUGCCGGCUCAAUUGGAAAUUACCUUUACAUUGAAGUUGCGCUGAACUUCGGCGAUAUGGAUUGAAUUGAGCCCUAAGAUGUUUUAUUUUCCUUUUCAAUAUGUAAUGAAUAACAUAACACAUGGCACAACAGUUGCAGAGGAUUGAGCUCUUUUUAUAUAUUUCAUUUUUUAAAGAGUGUGGCAGUCCCACUCCUUACAUAUUUUAUUGUUGAUAGAACAACGGCGAGAACACAGGAAAUGGAGAGAGAUGUGAGUCAGAAGGGCACUGGGUCAGAUUUGAACACAUGCCAACUCCGUACAUGUGUGCCAGGGUCUUUGGCCCUGUAACCGCUAGAACACGGGUAGGUUUUUUAAUCUAAUGGUCAUUGGUUCUUCUAUAUUAAUGUACACAUGGAAAUUCUUAUGUCAGAGACAUCAUUGUAAUAUCUUAUGAUGUGUUUUCUCUCUUAGGUAGGUGAUAGCUAAAACGUAUUCCUUGAGGUGGAUAUGAAAUAACUGUACAGUGUCAAACUUAAACAUUCCUAGUAAUGUGAAAUAUCAAUUUCUUAAGCUGAGUACUGAAUACCGAUCUUGUUAAAGUUGUGAAAAAUCCUGUCAUGCACUUUUCUUAUUUACACUAUCAACUUGAUAUUUAUCUUUACAACAUUAUAAAUUGUUACACUGCAAUAAAAUGGCUCUUCACUCA